AUGUCCUUCCUUUCCUUGCCCCCCGAGCUUUUGGCGCUGGUCGCCAGUUUUCUCGAAAGAGACAGCGAUAUCAACUCUCUGUCGCAAGUCAAUCGUCGUCUUAAUUUCCUCCUUGUCCCCAAGUUAUACCGACAUAAUGUGCGCAAUGGGAGUUGUUCCGCGCUGCUCUGGGCUGCAAAACAUGGGAUCAAAGGCACAGCAGAGAAGAAUUCCCUCGGUCGAACAGCGAUAUCCUUUGCUGCAGAGCAUGGACACGAAGCAGUAGUGAGAUGUCUGCUUGAAACCGGACCUGUGGACCCGGAGUUAGGAGACAAUUUGAACGAAGGUCCGCUUUCCUACGCAGCCGAAAAUGGGCAUGUAGGAGUUGUGAGACUUCUCCUUGCCAUGGAUAUGAAGGAUCUGGAUUCAAAGGAUAUCAGUGGCACAACACCACUCUCUCGGGCUUGCGAAAAUGGACAUUUGACGGUGGCCAAAAUGCUGAUAAAGACUGAACGAGUGGAUGUAAAUUCACGAAAUGUGUCUGGCCAGACGCCGCUGUCGCUAGCCGCAGAGAAUGGCCAUGGAACAGUUGUCAGAUUGUUGUUGAAGGAUGCUCGAGUAGACGUCAAUUCCAUGAACUCUCGUCGCCGGACGCCACUAUCUUUAGCUUCUGAAAAUGGUCAUGUUACCGUCGUCCGAGCCUUGCUUCAAGAUGGGCGUUUGGGCGAUUCAACGGAUGGUCACGGCCGAACGCCAUUAUCUUGGGCUGCCGAGAACGGGCAUGGACCAGUUGUCAAAUUGCUACUGAAGGUCAAAGACAUUGAUGUGAAUUCAAGAGACGUUGUCUUUCAGACACCUCUAUCCCUAGCUGCGGAGAACGGGCAUAACACGGUAGUCAAGAUCUUACUAAAGGACAGUAGGGUGGAUGUUGACGCAAGAGAUGCAACAGGCUCAACACCUCUAUCCCUAGCCUCGAGAAACGGACAUUGUGCAGUGGUACAAUUAUUGCUUGACACCAAACGUGUUGAUGUAGAUGCAAAGAAUCAUAAUGGUCUGACUCCCAUAUUCCUGGCAGUGGUGAACAAUCAUGAGAAAGUCAAGGAUCUCCUACUCAAUAGUCAAUAG